UAGCGUAUGCAAUUAAGCACGGAACCUAUAGCUGACCCGGCGAGCUGAUCUGCUCUACCCGCUUGUUCCUUUCUUGCCUUCGGGCUCACCUACCCCGGCCCCAAUCCUCCAUGGCCACCCUCACCUUGCCGCCGACCAACGCCGCCGGCCAGACCGCCACCCAGGAAGGCCCUGCAGGCGGGACCAGGAAGCCUGCCGACGGCGCUGCAGAUCCGGGCGGCAUGGAUUCAGGGUGGGUUGUUCUGGGGAAAUCGGACAUCGUUCCGGCGGAUUUGGCCGAGGCCGCCGCCGCCGCGGGGCACCCCCGCCUCAACUUCUCGCCGCUGCCGAUGAUACCUAUCUGGGUGCAGAUGGUCCUUGGGGGCGUGGUUUACACAGCUGUGCCGUUCUACAAGAGGGCCAGGAAGAUCGAAGGCGAAACGUUGAACAAUGUGGAAACUACAGUGGAGGUUGUGGAGCAUGUUGCUGAGGUGACAGAGAAGCUAGCUGCCAACGCAGCCAAUUCCCUACCAGAGAACGGUCCUCUGCAGAAGGUUGCUGUGGAGAUCGAGUACAUUGCUGAAGUGGUGGAUAAGGAUGCACAUAAGGUUGAAGCGGUCAUUAAGAAGAUUGAAGACGUGAGUGACAAGAUCGACGCCGCUGUGGAGCCUGUCAUUGAAGCGCUUGAGAAGGACUUCAAGCCGAACCCAACAUCCUCUACUGGACCAGAUGCCAAGGAAUAGUAGUUCAUGUAGAUUCGAGGGAAAAAGUGAAGUGUUGCUUGUUGUAAAUAUGGCUGUUUCUUUUCUUCUCUUCUUUCUGAAUUCCUUCUUGUAAAUAUGGACUAGAACCGCUCCAUGGUAUAGUAAGACAUGGUGACGGUGUGUGCGCCCGCCGGAUGCUCAAAUCGGAGUGUCAUGAUGGAGCCUGGAAUAUUACACAGACCUUGUGUUGCAAUCA